AUGCAAUACGUCCGCAAACAUGCACCAAGUGUACCAAUACCGGAUGUGUACUUCUGCGAUUUCACAAAUCCAAAACACGGAAUCAUCUUCAUGCAGGAGGUUCCCGGUCAGACACUAGAGAAAGUGUGGCCAAGCCUUGAUACCAACCAGAAGGAACAAGCUUGCCGCGACAUUUGGAACAUCAUCAAGACUCUUCGUCAAAUACCCCGGCCUGAUGAAAUUUCAUCGGAGGAAUGCCUCUACACAACGGUUGAUGGAUCCCCGUUAUACCCACAGGGUGGCUUGACUGGGCAGUCUGCGGCCCCCUUAGAUAAGAAUUGGCACAACACCGACAGUGCUUUCAGGGACUUCAUACUACAGCAGUACCAUGAUUCCCACGGUACAGAUGAAAAUGUGAAGACCAACUUCCCGCGCUGCAAAGCAGCAGUAUUUACACACGGUGACAUUCACCCGAGGAACCUCAUCACCACCCCGGAAGGCCGAGUGAAGAGCCUGCUCGACUUCGAAUAUGCGGCAUUCAUGCCCGACUACUGGGAGGACCUAGGAAUGUUUCUCCAGACUUCUGAAUGGGAUCAAGACUGGGUGGAUACGAUGAUGCGGACGAAGCCAAGCAGCUGGGACUUUGACGCUACUCGAGCGCUGUGUAAGGUGGCCAAGAGGUUCAUACUGUAUUGA